GGAUAAAAGGAUUAGAAAAUCUUUAGGAGAGCGAAAUGUCAGCCGUGUGAGCAGAGGCACUGACCUGCUGCGAGACAGCUGGUCCUGCUCAGAGUUUGAUCUGAAUGAAAUCCGCCUGAUAGUUUAUCAAGACUGCGAGAGAAGAGGCAGACAGGUCUUGUUUGAUUCCAAAGCAGUCCGUAAAAUCGAUGAAGCUGUGGUUCAGAAGAUGACAGAGGAUGCUUCUGCAAAGGCUUCUGCCAAGAACUGCCAAGCAAGCAACGGGAGCAACAAUGUUUCUUCACACGGUCCCUCGAUGAGUUGUAUGCAAAAUAUCAAAGAGCAAAUACCGAAGUAUCAGUACACCAGACCAGCCUCUGAUGUCAACAUGCUGGGGGAGAUGAUGUUUGGCUCCGUGGCAAUGAGUUACAAAGGCUCCACCUUGAAAAUCCACUACAUACGCUCUCCCCCACAGCUGAUGAUAAGUAAAGUCUUCUCAGCCAGGGUAGGAAGCUUCAGUGGAAGCAACAAUAACUUACAAGAUAGCUUUGAAUACAUCAACCAAGAUCCCAGCCUGGGAAAGCUGAGCUCUAAUCAGAACGGUUUGGGAACCUGUCGCAGUGGAAGUAAUUUAGGUGUGUUGCAGCUGUGCAGCAGCAAACUGCUGCAGGGUGUGUCUGAAGGAGGCCCCCUCCGCCUCAUCCGCAGCGCUUCUUUCUUUGCAG